UUUUAUCGGGAAGGUAUGUGUGCCACAUGUGCUUUUUGGGCUCGGCGGUGAUCAGUUUUGCUAGAGGGAGGCAUUGGGGGGCGGGGGGUGAUCAACUGCAGCAAGAAAAGCAAGUCUUGCAGCCAAGUAGGCAAAUAGCCUUGCCGCGAAAACUACAUUCCACGUGUGAGGGCUUGUAGCCUUAUGUAUUGAUGUCCUUCAUUUUUGCCAAGAGGGGAGAGUUGCUCGUGUUGAUGGUAUGGGAGGUCAACCGCACACCCUUGUUUAAGCCAACAUCUGUAGACCCCUUGCUCUUGCGCUUGUGUAAUCUGGUGUAUGCAGAGCGCGGGCGCGGAGGACAAGGGGGUCAGAUAUGGAUCAUUGAGCACCUCCGGUGACGGUUGUGUAGUGGGAUAAAGUGACGCGCGUGUUCGUUGCAUCCCGUUGUUUCCUUGGGACUCUACUACACGCGCGCACCACGUGCUGUGCUCAUCUCUUUGUGUAUGUGUGUAAAGUUGUAGCACUAGUGUCGCCGACUUGUGUCUGAAUUCACGGAACGACUGAAAAAUUCAAGGUUUGGUUACUCGUACGGGUUAGGAGAAGGCGGACGAAGAGGGACCAGUGUUUUUAUUGCGUUAAAGUCUGCUUAUUGUCCUCAACAUUUCAAGUCCGUUCGUUUAUUGGGUCGCCAGGUAGCCCUUCGCAAACGCUGCAA